UCGCGAGUACCAAAAAUUUUUUUUUGUGAUGAUUUAAUAAUAAAAAACGACACACGUGUGUUUCGGAUAUUUAAGAUCGGUAAAUAACACUGCUCUCAUCAUUUUGUUUAUUCAGACACUUCAUCAUCUUUAUCAUCAUUCAAUGAAUAUUAAAAAAAUCCUUCAAAGUCAAUCCAAAUUAUUUUUUGUUUAUUUGUUGUUGAUAUAGUAAGAGUGCGACACGUGUUGUCACGCACACACACACACACAAUGUUUUUAUUUUGAUUCGUUAUAAUCAUCAACGUCAACACGUGAUUCUAUGUAAAGAUUCUGUAUUAUGAAUAUUAUUGUUGAUUGACUGACUGACUGACUGAGUUAGUUAUAUUUUAUGAUGAUGAUAAACACGUGACCGCUUAAUCUAAAUAAAUGUUAAAGACAAAACUGACUGACUGAAUAAGAAAUAAAGGUCGAUUGAUUAUCAUCAUUUGAAAAAAAAGUGGCCUGAGAAAAAAUCUCUAUAUAUAUUGGAUAUAUACCAACGAUCAUCAAUGGCAUUUUGGUGAAAAUGUUCAUUCAUCCAUUAAUAUAAGAGGACGAAAAAAAAGAAAUGAUUUUCUCUCUCUCUCUUUUUUUUCAUUCAAUGAAUGAAUUUCCACGUAUCGUUGGUAAAGGUCGAUUACUAUGAAUAAUCAUCAUCAUCAUUAUUACUAUGAAACAAGGUUUAUGGCAACAAUUUGUUAUUUUUUUUGUGUUGGGGGUCCUGGGAACCUUUCAGGUCCAACAUCGUCAACAACACCCAAAUAAUUGUUUCGAACAACAACAACAACAACGACGACGACAACGACAACAACAAAAUGAUCACGAUCAUCACGCGUAUCAAGAAAGAAAGUAUCGCCCAUCAUCAUUGAUCUUGAUUAUAGUUAAUCAAUGAUGGGCUAUAUAUUGAAUUGUUGGCCAAUUUCUGAGAUGGAAGAUAAUUAUAAUGAUCAUCAUCAUCAUCAUCAUGUGGUUUUUUUUUGACGAUCGAUACUUGUUAUGAAAAUCGGAAAUGUCAAUUUGUAUGUGGAUGAGCUUGUUGUUUAUCAUCAUCUAGUAUAAAUCAAAUAUAAUAAUCAUCAUCAAUAUUUACCAAUUAUAAUGAUUGGUGGAUGAUGAUGAUGAUGAUGAUGUAAAAUUUGGUUCCCAUGGACCCUAUUUAAUGAUCAUCAUCAUCAUAAUAAAAAAAAACAUCGAAGCAACUUGUUGCCCGCAUAUACAACAUCAAUCCAUCAAUGGACAACAAACCAAAUAUCAAGAUGUGUUCAUCAUUAUGUGAAUUGUUCACAUUUACCACAAUUAAAUAAAUCAAUUUAGCUCAAUGGAAAUGAUAAUUUUUUUUUUUGCGAAAUUUUCCAUUAUGGAUCGUGAUCAAUAUUUUUUUUCGUUGUUCAACCUUCAAAUGUUGUCCAUGAUGAUGAUUGCCAACCAGGGACCAGGACAUUUUGUUUGGGUAAUAACGAUGAGGAGGAGUUGCAGUAAUAAACUAAACAUACAGUAUACAGUAUUGCACCACUGAAAUAUACAUGUAGCAUUGGUACAAUAGCAGACGACCAACCGCGCUAGCUAUUACAAUUCAUGGAACCGUUUUUAAUUCAAAAGAAUAAAAAAAAAUCUGAUCAUAUAUAAAAAGCUUAGAUGGUGACAAAAAAAAUAUUCAAACACAUUUUUUUUUUGAACCAGCUCACGCGACAUUGUCGCCGAAUUUUUAAACUUUACAAAUUGUUGUUUCGGUAAUAUACCGAUGUUCAAUGUGAAAUUGUGUUCAAAACGUUUGUUUGUGGUUAUUUUUUUUUUUUUAUUCAUCCGAAGAACAAUUUCCAUUAUCCCGUUUGUUUUAUUACCAUCACGACCAUCAAAUACCAGUGACCAUCAAGUGAAUUUUUGAACCAUAAAUUUUCAAAAACAUUCGAAAAAAGAAAGAUCACCACAAAUAUUUACCCAUCACCGGACACGUCGAUCAUUAAUAAUUUGGCAAACACUUAAAUGGAUUCACAAACGGCCACCAAUUUUCUUAUUGCAAAUCAUCAUCAUCAGACAAAUAAUAAGCCUUUCGUUUCGAACCUAUAUCCGACCACAACUGCAACAACAACAACAACAACCACCAAUAACAACAUGUUGAACAUCAAUCAUCAACAACAACAGUCAUCAUCGACAACAACAAUCGAUACUUAUUUUCUCGAUGAUUUCGAUGGUAUUGAUGAUUGUUUUGAUGAUCUUAAUAAUUUGACAACCAUCCCUGUUAAUUCGGAUCAUCAUCAUUUUGUAUUCUCACCACAAAAUAAUGGCCAAUUAUCGAACAACGUGAUCACUAUGAUACCAAAUGAUAACUAUGAUUUCAUUACCGUUGAUUCUGCUGCUGUGGCCAAUGAUCAGGAAAAUGAAGAAAUUCAAGCCAUAAUGGCUACAUCAUCAUCAUCAUCGACUACGACAUUGGUAUCCACAAUAUUACCGGAAACAUCAAAACGAAAAAUGGCGAAUAAUCGGAAAAAAUCAUCCACAAACGGACAGGAGAAAAAACCUAGACAACAUCAACAAAAACAACAAUCUAGAAAUCCAUCGAAACCACGAUCACGACCGAAAAGUCCAUCACUUGUUGUGAAAUUGAAACGAAAUCGUCGUUUGAAAGCAAAUGAUCGUGAACGUAAUCGAAUGCAUAUGUUGAAUAAAGCAUUGGAACGUUUGAGACAGGUAUUACCAUCAUUUAAUGAAAAUGAUGAUGAUUGUCGUAGUGAACAUAGCCACCAUCAUCAACAACAAUCAUCAAGUAAUAAUAAAAUGACAAAAAUUGAAACAUUACGUUUUGCACAUAAUUAUAUUUGGGCCUUAUCCGAAACAUUACGAUCAUUGGACAAUCAACAACAACAGCAACAAAAUCAUGAUGAAAUUAGUUCAUCAUCAUCACCUAUUCCGAGCGAUAGUCCACCAUCAUCAUCAUCAUCAUCAUCAUCGUCGGAUAUCCUAUAUCAAACAUUGGCUUCAACAUAUGACAAUCAUUAUUCUCCAACCAAUACAUCAUCAUCAACAUCUUUUUUUGAAGAUAAUAAUAAUAUCGGUAUCGGCAAUCACGACGAUAGUCCAUCGACAAAGAUAUCGGUUAUAACGAUGGCAUCGAAAAUUCAUUGACCCAUGUUUAACUAGAAAUCUAUCUCGUACAUAGCUGAUCGAUUUUUUUUUUAUUUUUUUUUGAAAUUGACCCGAUGACAUGAUCGAUCCAUAACACACACACAUAUUCAUACAUUACAUACACACACACGGUUGACCUGAUGUCCUCUUUUAUUAUCCAUUUUAAGAAUGGAACCAUUAUGUACACGAUACAUGUCGUAAUGACAUUCGUAAUUCAUUCCAAUCGAUAACAACAAAAACGUAAAAAAAACCUUGGCUGUGAUUUCAUGCUACACACAUACACACACAUUUUGCUAUAAUUAUCGUUGUCAUGCCGUCCAUCGUCGAAUAUAUUAUCCAAAUACCCGCUCUCUCAAUCUUAAUAACAGCUUCCAAUUUAUAUAGCUCCCCCCCACCAACCACCAACUUAUAGCUGCCUGAAUGGCUUUUGAAACUUUUCUUCAUCAUCAUCAUCAUGUGUUGAUAUGCCAGCGUUCCAAAAUUUCUCCUACAUCCCCUCGAUUUAUACAUGUAUGAAUUCCAUGAAUAAAAUGUACAGUGAACAGCAAAAAAAAAAUUAAAAUUAAAAUAAAAAAAAAUCAUUUCAUUCCCUCUC